AUGAACGGAAUGUCUGCUUUUAACGGUCGGCAUCAGCCCUCCAGCAACCCUAUUUUGGUCCUGGAGCCCAUCAAUGACACAUUCGCACUCAAAUCCCUCGAACUGCCAGAGCAAACCAAGGUCAAGAUUGGCCGCCAGACUGGCGUCACCACCGCACCCCAUCCCUCCAAUGGCUACUUUGACUCUAAAGUCCUCAGUCGAGUCCAUGCCGAAGUCUGGUCAGAGUCCGGCAAGGUAUUCAUUCGUGACCUAAAGUCAAGCAACGGCACCUUCUUGAACGGAAGAAGACUUUGUCCCGAGAACACGGAAAGUGAGGCAUUCGAGCUGAACCAGAAUGAUAGCCUUGAAUUUGGAAUCGACAUCAUGGACGAGAACGGUGCCUUACUACAUGAAAAGGUCUCCUGCAAGAUAUACAUUUCAAGAAUGUCAUAUCCUACCCCUGGGAGCUCGCCCCUAGAUUCGCACGCAAAGAUCAAGCCCAUUUCGCCCUCAGGAUCAGGCGGCAACUCUGUCAGGAUGAAUUCGGCUGCAAUAGGAGGACAAAGUGAAAACAUCGAUCUCAUCAUCUCACGGUUGCAGAAUGAACUUACUCGGUCACAGGAGACGUAUGCCGAUCUUGGCUUCCUGAAACAUAGCUUGGGCGAACUGGAAAAGGCGAUUGUUUUCAACGGCGACGAUAGAGAUACCCAAAACAAGAGCUUUGCAAAUACCAAUGGACGGUCAUAUUCAAUGACAGAUGCAUCCUCAACUGACUAUGAAAAAAGAUUGGAGCAAAAGGACAAGGAACACGCGGCAGAAAUAGCGAGACUCGUCAAGGGAUUUGAGGAGACCAAGGCAGAGAUGGAACGGCAGCGCGAACGAGAACUACAAUUCGCCAGGGAGGAAAAUGAGAGUGCACGUCGUGCACAGGAACGAGCAAAUGUCGCCCUGAACGAUGCUGCCUCGAAAAUGGAUUUCAUUAUGACUCGUAUCAACAAUAUGAUCAAAGAGCACGAGCAGGAACUAGAUAUUGUCCAAAAGGAGAGGGCCGCUGCGCUAGUAUCGCUGGCAACGAUGGAGGCGAAGCACAAAGAUGAACUUAAUAGGCUGGUUUUGGAGGCUGAUGCGGAGCAGGAGGGACUCACAAGGAAACAUGAGCGAGAACUUGCAGAGGCAGUCGCUCAGGCACAAGCUGAGGCAGGAAAAACGACGGAUGCACAGGCACAGGAGGCCGACCUCAUUUCGCUCAGGGAGGAAAUCAAACUGCUUCGGGAGGCUGGUGAGGGUCAGUCCAGGAAAGUCGAAACAUUGACAAAAGAGAAUAAGGAACUGUCUGAGCAGUUGAAUCAAGUUAAGGCAGAGUUGAAGAUAGCUCGAGAUGAGGCAAAGGGCAACACUGCAGGCGGUCUUGAUACCCUGGCGCUGACCCUGGAUGCAUCCGGCAGCAACGAUGACGGCAACAGGAACGGCAACAACAGCGACGGCGACAUUAAUAACAAUAACAACAGCAAUGGCAACCUUAAUAAUAACGGCAACAGCAAUAGCAGUGGCGGUGUCAAUGCACACACGAGCGGCGUGGAGGGGGGUCUCAGGGCAAGAAAUGUAACAGGAUCAUCGAAAGCGCCAUUGUCAACUGCUGCUCUGGUGACUGCAUCUAUGGAUAGCGGAUCAGGAGAAGGAGAAGCUAGACGAGAGUUCUCUUGGCCACAGUUUGUAUUUCCCAUGGGCAAGAGGAACCCAACGAGUCUGAGUCAGCCUUCGACAAUGCUCUUGUCUAGCGGGUUCAUGCUGGUGGGCCUUGGCGUAUACGUACUGUGGCACAAGGCAGCAUGA